CCAAAAGCUAUCAAUUUCCUUAUGUGAGUAACGCUGCCUGUAACUCAACACUGAGACAAAACUCAGUCAAGGCAAGCGGAGAGCAUUAUCUGGAAAAUGGCGGUCUCUCCAGCUAUGACUGUUGAAGAAUAUGAGGACAAGAUACAGCUGGCCAUAGCGGAAGUCAACACACAGAAUGAUAAAACUGUGAAAAGUCUUUAUGAUCUGGCUGAUGAACUGGACAAAGCACAGCGGAAAAUGAACAUAGCUAAAACUAGUUUUGCAUCUGGAGGCAUUGUUGCAGCAGCACUUACUAUAGCAGGGAUUGUUUGUGCCCCAGCUACCUUUGGUGCUUCUCUGGGGUUGACCAUUGCCGGCGUGACAGUUGGAGUGACCAGCGGGGUAGGGGGAUUAUCCACAGAGGUUGCAGAUAAAAUCAUUAAUACCAAGACCUUAAGAAAAGCUGAGAAGGAAGCCAAAGUGUUUCAUGAAAGAGGGAAGGAUAUGCUGUGUUUGAUGGACAACAUGGAAGGAAGACAUACAAGACAGUUCAAAACAUUUUUCGCUGACACGGUGAAGAGAUUGCUGAAACCAAAUCUGUUUGAAUCAAUACUGAACCGUCUUAAGGGCACAUCUUUGGGGCCCGUGUUGGGGGGGCUACGUUAG